UAUUUUUUUUUUUUCAACUUCUUUUUUGACGUUUGACUUUUGAGACAUCAAUUUCAUUAUCCUGGUAGAAAUUUUGGGCAAAACAAUAUUUUUCUUUGUUUUAUGUUAAGUUUAAGAAGUUUUUUUGUGUGGAAACUGAUUCAAGAGUCACUUAAUGAUACGAAAGAAGCGUAUUUAUAGUACUAUUAAUAUGUGAAGCAAUUAUUAUUAUUGUAAUAUUUAAGUAUUAAAGAGCUGUGUUACUUGACCCACAAAUCCCUUAAACAAUACACUUUUUAUAUGUAUAUUCAUUACAUUCCCUGUUACAUAUUAAACAGAAAAAAAGGGUAACUAAAUUCUAAUGGCAUCACAUCAAAAAAAUCAAAAUUUAGCUGAAAAUAAUUAUGAAGCAUUAAUGCAACGUAUGCAAAUAUCUGAUAAUCCAAAUAUUUUCAUAUACAAUGAACAAUUGCAACAUUUACAACAAAAUCCUGGUUUUGAAAAUCUAGCUAAAGAUAACAUAAUAUUGAAAUCACAAGAUAAAAAUGAUUUGCUGGUAAGCAACAAAUUGCAAACUUCAAAGUUAUCACCACACAUUGAAUAUGGAACGAGAUUUCCAAUGCAAAAUAUAAAUGAUAUUAGAAACAGCAGUAAUCGCAAUGGUUCGCCUUUACACAUACACAACUUGAAAACAGGUCAUAGUUAUACAAGUGAUAUAAAAUCCUCACCGGUUUAUGAAAAUUUAGAAUUUUACGCAGGACAGCAUUUUGAUUCUCACAAUAAAAGAUCUCCAUCGCAGGCUUCAAUUAACAAUAAAAAUAUAACAGGAAGCAAUAUAUCGCAAACAUCGAACUCUAAUAUUUAUCAGCAUUUACCACAACAUCAGCAUGUAAAUAUAGGACGAUAUGCACAUACUCCAUUACCAGAGUUAGAUCCAAUACCAAUCUAUGAAAAUAUCGCCCCACCUGGCCCAAGAAGUCAACCGCAAGGCUCUCCAUCAACAGCAGUUAUAUAUCAAUUACAAGAUCUACCAAGCCCUGCUCAUCUAGGUACACAAAAUUCACAUUUAAGAUCGAAUUUAAAUGAGGUCUUGGCGUCGCCACAACAUCGAAGGAGUAACUCUUCUAAUUCACCUCUGGCUAAAACAGGCACAGAUGGUUCUCCAAGAUAUAGAAAUUUAUCUUUACCAGCAUCAAAUAAUCAACACCAGUAUAUGCCACCAUCUCCUAAUAGUUUACAAAAUUACCAAUUGCAGCUACAACAACAUACGCCGCAGAAAAGAAAUCCUCUUGCUCCUCCUCCUUCAUAUGAAAAGUCGACAUUGUUCCAAUCAAAUACCGGUCACUCAGGGCAAAUACAAUUAAUACAUCCGCAACCACAGCACCCGAAAACACAACAACAAAUGAACAUCUCAAUGAACCCUAAUUUUAUAGAAGACAUUAAUAGUUCCGAUUAUGUUUGCAUGACUGCAAACCUCAGUCGUGGUGGAAGUUUGCAAAAAAAUCACAAAAAUGGUUCACCGCACGUAUUUAGGGCUAUUCAGAAUUCAAGCAGUGGAUCUGCUUUAAAUCCCCCGUUAUCUCCAACAGCACCGAUUCCUCCCCCAAAAUCUGCAGUAUCUACACAAAUUGCUACAUCUGCGAAAUCCAGUUAUACAGAGCCUCGACAAAUGUAUUCUUCUACGCCUCCUAUGAUUCCGUGUAAUAAUACGGACAUUGUAAGACCACCAUCAUUAGUUAGUGCAGGUUCACCACUGCCACAAGCUAAUUCUCCAACGCCAUCGCAAAAUAGUACAGGAAGUGGUUCAAGAUUGUCAAAAAAUUUACUACCCUAUAAUGUAACUCCGCCAAGGCCAGCUGGACCUACAGAGGCAGAGAAAAAAAUUGAAGAGCUUACUAGACAAUUAGAAGAAGAAUUUGAAAAAAGUGAAGAGCAGGGAGAAUAUUUUGGAAUUUGUACCCAAUGCGGUGAGAAAGUUACUGGUGCUGGACAAGCUUGCCAAGCUAUGGGAAACCUUUAUCAUACAAAUUGCUUCAUUUGCUGUUCUUGCGGUCGCGCACUCCGGGGUAAAGCAUUUUACAAUGUUCAUGGUCGUGUGUACUGUGAGGAAGAUUAUAUGUAUUCAGGUUUUCAACAAACUGCAGAGAAAUGUGCUAUUUGUGGUCAUUUAAUUAUGGAAAUGAUAUUGCAAGCCAUGGGGAAAUCAUAUCACCCCGGAUGCUUCCGUUGUUGUGUUUGUAAUGAAUGUUUAGAUGGCGUACCUUUUACAGUUGAUGUGGAUCACAAAAUUUAUUGUGUUAAUGAUUAUCACAGAAUGUUUGCACCAAAAUGUGCUAGUUGUGGAAAAGGUAUAACACCAGUUGAAGGUACUGAUGAAACUGUUCGUGUUGUAUCAAUGGAUAAAGAUUUUCAUGUAGAUUGUUAUAUCUGUGAGCAAUGUGGUAUGCAAUUGACUGACGAACCAGAUAAAAGAUGUUAUCCAUUAGAUGGUCAUCUAUUGUGCAGAGCUUGUCAUUUGCAAAGACUUGCAUUACAAACAUCAACUCAUUCAAGAGUUGAACCUGUUUGUGCUAGUUAUCAAUAUUUGGGUUAGCUAAAUCAUAAAUAUGGUUUAAGGACGUAUAUAGUUGUGCUUAUAUAACGAAUAUGCAAAAUUGUUAUAUAAAAUAAUAUAAACUAAGGGCAGAAAAAAUAUGCCACGUUUAUCAAUUUGAGAAUUUAAUCUUCCUUAAUGCUUCAUAUUUUAAACUUUUUAGCUGUGCACAUUAAUACAUACGUAUUUAUAUAAGAAGUGGUGAUAAUGUUUCUUGAUCAAUAUCAGACUUUCUAUUUUCCUUGUUUAUCUCAAAACUUGUAUUUGUAUUUUUCAACUCCAAUUAUUAUACAUAUUAUAUAAAAUUGAAAAUGACAAAAUGUAAGUAGUUAUAUGUUAAUUAAAAUUUGAAGAAUGGUAGUUUAAAAAUUACAUUGGCGUCAGACUAAUAUUGAUAUUUGUAGAAGAAUUUACUAAUUAACAUAAUUUUCAAGUAUAAUGUAUAAAAGAAUAAAAAAGAAAAUGUUAAAAAUAAAUUUUGGAAAAAACUAUUUUGGACUACAAAGUGCAAUUAAUUUUAUAUACAUUAAAUAUAUGCACUUGCAAAAUUUGGAAUUUUUUUUUCAAUGAAUUUUUUAUAAAUUUU